AUGUCCAAAACUCUGGAGCACCCAACGAGUGAAGGGUUGAUCACAAUCUCAUUUUCUAUUAAUUACGUCACGACGUAUGGAGAAGAAGUUUAUGUCAGUUUGGACGACUACACUUGCAAGAAACUCACGUGGACACCAAAUCACAUUUGGAAGGGGGCAGUCACUUUACUUCGACCACGAACACUUCGUUGGUCAUAUUCUGUUGUCGAAGGAAGUUCGAUCAUUCGAACGGAACACUUGACAACUCCAAGAUCGUACUCAUUAGAUACAAGUCAUAGAUACUAUCAUGUCUUCGACAAGUGGGACGUGUCUAACACUAACGUGUCCCCACUCACAUUCUCUUCUAUAACAUCUCCUUUCUUGCUCUCACUUAACCUCAACUCAUCCAUUGACAACAACAGAUCACCAAUCCAGUUCAUGCCUGUAUUCAUACCAAAGAAGGUAGUCAAAGACAUAGGAAUGGAUGAUACAAACACUUUGUGA